GCUACGGCUGCUGGUUUUGGGCGAUGACAUCCUGUUGAGUGAUACGGACGACGAGCACAUCUUGAAACCUGGCGAUGUUCAGCUCGUGCUUGUGAACUUCAUCUCAACAUCUGCACUGCAAGAAGAAGAGCUUCGAGGUGCUGCGGGAAGUGGCCAGACAUCAGUCGUGGAGACGAUUCUGCAAAGGCCACAAGACCCGGAUUUCGGUGAUCCAGCCCCAUUGCUCAUCGCAUCCAAACGCGGCCACUUGGAGGUGGCGCGCCUGUUGUUGGAGGCCAAAGCUGACAAGGAAAAGGCGAAUGGCAGCGGCGCCACCCCAUUGUUCUUCGCAGUUCAGAAUUGGCACUCGCAGGUUGCACGCCUUUUGUUGGAGUCAAAGGCUGACAAGGAUAAAGCCAUGAACGGCGGCGCCACCCCAUUGUUCAUUUCCGCUCAGAGUGGAAACUUGGAGGUUGCACGCCUUUUGUUGGACGCAAAGGCUGACAAGGAGAAAGCCAUGCAGGAUGGCGCCACCCCAUUGUUCAUCGCAGCUCAUCGGGGACACUUGGAGGUCGCACGCCUUUUGUUGGACGCAAAGGCUGACAAGGAGAAAGCCAUGAACGGCGGCGCCUCACCAUUGUCCAUCGCCGCUCAUCUGGGGCACUUGGAGGUUGCACGCCUAUUGUUGGACGCAAAGGCUGACAAGGAGAAAGCCAUGAAGGAUGGCGCCACCCCAUUGUUCGUCGCAGCUCGUAAUGGGCAAUCGGAGGUUGCAUGCCUUUUGUUGUACGCAAAGGCUAACAUGGACAAUGCCAAGAACGGUGGCUCCACUCCACUGUCCAGCGCAGCUGAGAAGGGGCACUUGGAGGCUGACAAGGAGAAAGCCAUGAACGGUGGCGCCACGCCAUUGUCCAUCGCCGCUCAUCUGGGGCACUUGGAGGUUGCACGCCUUUUGUUAGAUGCAAAGUCUAACAUGCACAAUGCCAAGAACGGUGGCUCCACUCCACUGUCCAGCGCAGCUGAGAAGGGGCACUUGGAGGAGAAAGCCAUGAACGGCGGCGCCACCCCAUUGUUCAUCGCAGCUGAGAAGGGGCACUUGGAGGUUGCACGCCUAUUGUUGGAAGCAAAGGCUGACAAGGAGAAAGCCAUGAAGGAUGGCGCCACUCCGUUGUUCAUCGCAGCUCAUCGGGGGCACUUGGAGGUCGCACGCCUUUUGUUGGAUGCAAAGGCUGACAAGGAGACAGCCAUGAACGGCGGCGCCACCCCAUUGUCCAUCGCAGCUGAAACGGGGCACAUGGAGGUCGCACGCCUUUUGUUGGACGCAAAGGCUGACAAGGAAAACGCCAUGAACGGCGGCGCCACGCCAUUGUCCAUCGCAGCUGAGAAGGGGACUUGA